ACAUGUCAAGUGUGCCAGAUGAUGCUGCCCAACCAGUGCAGUUACUGCGCUCACCAGAGGAUCCACGCUCACAAGUCCCCGUACUGCUGCCCGGAGUGCGGAGCCGUCUGCCGCUCGGCCUAUUUCCAGACUCACGUCAAGGAGAACUGCCUGCAUUACUCCCGCAAAGUCGGGUUCAGGUGCAUCCACUGUGGAGUUGUCUUCACAACCCUCGCCAUGCUGAAAGUGCACAUCCAUGACAAGCACUGCGAAGUCUUCCACAAGUGUUCUUUCUGCCCGAUGGCCUUCAAGUCGGCCGACACCACCAUAGCUCACAUGAGCAGCCAGCACCCUGCAGAGCCUCACAAGACUACUCAGGUGAUCUACAAAUGCUCCUGCGAGACAGUCUUUAACAAGAAGAAGCUGCUCCAAGAGCACUUCCAGCAGAACACCAACAAGUUGUUUGUGGGAGUGUUUAAGUGCCCACAGUGUCAGCUGGUCUAUAUGCAGAAACAGCAGUUAAUGCAGCACGUUAAGAGUGUUCAUGGAAUCCCCCAAAAUCCUGAGGAGCUCUCAAACUUUCGCCAGAAGUCUGAGAAGGCAUCAAGGAACCGGGUUCAUACCCUACCAAAGGAGCUGUCAGUCGCCAACGGUACUUCCCAUUCCUCUCUGCUGAGGAAGGACAUGAGGGUGGAAGGACACAACCCGGAAUCCAAGUCCAGGCUGGGAAGAACUGGUUGGACUUGCAAGGAAUGUUCACAGUGGAUCCCCGAUCGGGAAACCUUUGUGUCCCACAUGAAGAGAAGUCAUGGAAGGUCUAUGAAGAGAUAUCCCUGUCGACAGUGUGAACGCUCAUUUAAUGCCUCCAACAGUCUGCGUAGACACAUCCGCAAUAAUCACGACACAGCAAAGAAAGUUUAUACUUGCUGGUACUGCACAGAUGAAAAUCAGACAUUUCCUCAGCCGUUCAUGCUGGAGAAUCACAUCAGCCUCAUGCAUGGCAUCAAAAACCCAGACUUAUCCCGGAUGGCCAAAGCAAAAGCUCGAGAGAGAGACACGGCAGAAGCAAAAUCUCCAAAGAGGAUGGCAAUGGAUGAGGUGGGUCAAGUGGAGAGCGCUGCGGGUUCAGAUGUGCCACCAGCCAAAAAACUGAAAGCGCACUGGAAAUGCGCUAAGUGCGGCUUUGCGACAGACGUCAGCACUCAGUUUCAGGAACACAUACCUCAGCACAAGACAGACAGCUCCACCUACCAGUGCUUGUUCUGCGGCUUGUGCUACACCUCUCACAUCUCUCUGAACAGACACCUCUUCAUCGUUCAUAAAGUAAAAGAUGAGGAGGAGGAAGAGGAGGAAGAAGAGGAGGAGGAGGAGGAAGAGGAAGAUGAAAGGCAGAAGUCACAAAGGGAGAUGAGUGAGAACGGACAUGAGGGGUACAAUGGUGAGAUGAACACUACGGCAGAAGAAAGCCUGAAAUGCAAAGAGUGCGACAGUGACUCGGCAAUUUGUGAGCACAGUCAGACGUGUGGCAUGGAGGGUCCCAGCAGCACCUCGCAGAACAAUCAUUCAAAGUCUCUUAAGACUUAA